AUAUAUUCUCCCGUAGUUAGAAAAAUCACCUAAAGAUUCUACUUAGAAACGAAACCUAAAAACAUAAGCACCUAAAGUCUCGUCUCCGUCUAUAGUCUCAUUCAUCGUCAAUUCUGCAAUUUCCAUUGUCUAAAGUCUUUCACAUCGUUUGAGUAAGAUGGGGUCAAGCUCAGAAGUAGUAUCUACAAUUGUGAAGAAGUGGAGAGAGCAUCCACCUUCUUCGUAUUCCCUCAAGGUUGACAGCUUCAAACAACUUGAGAAGUCCACAUCGUUCACUGAUGAUAAAUACCAAUCUCGUCAUUUCUCCUCUGGUGGAUAUAACUGGAAACUGAUCGUAUACCCAAAAGGGAACGAAAAGGACAAUGGGAAAGGAUUCAUUUCAAUGUAUAUUGAAAUAGACAGCGAAAGCUUGAUAUCAGCACCACAACAUGAGGUGUUUGCUGAACUCAUUUUCUUUGUCUACAACAAGAAAGAAAACAAGUACCUUACUAUUCAAGAUGUCGAAGUAAAGAGGUUCAAUGCCCUUAAAACGGUGUGGGGGUUGCAGCAAGUUCUUCCAUUUGAUUCAUUCAACAACCCUGAAAACGGUUAUGUCUUUGAAGGAGAUCAAUGUGAGUUUGGUGUAAAUGUAAUUGUUCACUCACCCCUUACCAAAUGGGAAAUCCUCUCUUUUAAUGAGAAACUCCAGAAUCCCAAGUUCUCUUGGACUGUUAAAAACUUUUCUCAGUUGAAAGAGGAUAAAUACACAUCAAACCGUUUCUCAAUGGGAGCAAUUCAAUGGGUUCUGUGGCUGUAUCCGAAGGGUGACUCUAGAGCAGAUGGCAAAUGGCUAUCCCUUUUUCUGCUUUUAGCUGAUAGUAAAACAUUGAAAGUGGAUGAGAAGAUUUUGGCGCAAGCAAAUUUGCGAGUUCUACACCCACUUGGAUCCAAUCACUCUGAACACAAAUUGAACCACUGGCACGAAAAAAAUCACAUGGCUUGGGGUUGGGCUCAGUUUCUGUCUUUAGCUGAACUUCGGAAGUCUUACUUGGACAGUGAAGACUCGUUGACCGUUGAAAUAGAAUUUCAAGCUGUUUCUUCCACCAAAUAUUCUCCAAUUAUCUAAGUACUACCAUAUUGCUAUUAGACAAUGCUAUCCUUCCUUUUCUUUUUCUCGAAUUAUCACUGGAGUUCUGUAGUUUCCACAAAAUUGGUUUAGUUAUAUCUUUGUGUCGUCCCAUCGUUUCUGC